AUGGCUAAGCUACGCCUGGAGCUUGAGUGUUUGAGACGGGCGGAGAAGGAAAGGCUGAUGACCGAGAUCGACAAGAUGCGAAAAUCUGCGGAUGAAACAAAGGCGACACUCCCGACAACCACAUCGCCUCCAGCUAGCGAAUCGAAGCAAGUCUCAAUACCUGACUGGUUAGAUGUGGACGUCGAGCGGUGGGAUUUGGAUGCAGUGCUUUUGGCGACUGCGCAGCAAAAGGCUUGGAUUGCCAAGGUGCGACCAAGCAGCGCAAAAGGUUACACACGUUCCGCAUGCUCGGUGUCUACCUGGCUGGCAGCAGUAAAGUUGCGGCUCAGCGAUGAGGAACUGAACACGGCCCUUGUGGAGGCUGGCAUGCGCAAGGCUUCAGUCCUCACCCGUGACUUGUACAUCUUGCGCUUGCUUGUCAGCGUCAUGCAAGCGCAGCAGAAGCCUGAGUGUCUGGGCUGGUGUGGCCAUACUGGCAUGGAUAGCAGGAACGGUUCUUGCACUGUUCAUUUCAUGUCCUUGUGGCUAUGCUUGCUCUUCUGUCAGUCCUUGAUCAAAGAUAUGCUGGCAAAAGUUUUCGCUGCAGUACGCCUGUCGGUAGAGGCUAUAGUGGAAGAGACGGUCUCGAAACAGGCUUGGCAGUCAACUGUUGACUUCGGUGUGAAAGCCAUCUCCACUGGAUUGAUACAGUUAGUGCCCAGUCAUUGGCAGUCUCUGGCGGCACUGAUCCCGUGCCAGUCGGACGUUUCCUUGGUGACAGAGGUGUUGUACGACUUGGUUCUCUUUCGCCGAUCCCGGGCCACAGCAAGCUGCAUCAUCAAGUCAAUGGCAAUCGGCAUCCUUCUUCACCUGGGCCUUGUCUUUGACCUCACUGAAGUGGGGGACGACUCGAAGCCUCCCACUUUCCAAUUGUUCGCCUCGGGUGGUUUGCGCCCGGCCACUGUGCAGGGCUUCGAGAAGUUCAUCCUGGACCUGAAGCUCUACUACAGCGAGCUCUACGAGGAUCCCCUGAUGCUCCAGGAGCUGCGCUGCUUUAUGCUCAAGUGGCUCCACGUCUUCUCUCAAAGCCUCUUGGAUGCCGAGACCAACCCACUGCUCAAGGGCAUCGAGGAGGAAUUCAAGAAAUGUGAGACGCUCGACGAGCUCUGCGACAAGGUGACCGGCCGGCUCUCCCGUCUCAAGGUCUCCACUCGACUGGUCCUCGCCCCCGCGGAGUCCUACGUGCUGCAGUCGCAGCGGCCCCAGCUCGCCCUCGAGGAGGGUUUGCCGAGCGCCAGCUUUGCGACGGCUUCCUCUGCCUCCACGGCCUCCGCGGCCUCAGGCGGAAAGUGCGGGGUCUCCUGGCUCCGCCUCGACUGCCGAGGGCGCUUCGGGCGCCAGGUCCUGCGAACGCGGGAUGGGAACUUCGACAGGGAGUGGCCCUUGACCAUUGGCUUCUGCUGCGGCUCCAUCACCAUCCUGAGUAGGAGGCAUUUAAAUCACUUGCUCUACUUUGUGCUGGAUCUGGUCCUCGUCCUCUACGAAGUCUUGGACUUGAGCCAGGCCUACAGCAUCGCCUUGGUUUGCUGCAACUGGCUUUGCGUUCUCAGCACGCUGGCCUGUUUCGAGCAAAUCGACGAGAUCGCCCAGCUGCAGCGGCGCAUCUGUCGCUACCGCGAGAGGAGCGAUCGCGUCCAGGAGCAGCACCGGGAAGCCAAGGAGAAUUGGGCCAAGGUUCAGCAGCUACACGACCUCUGGAAUUACCGCACGCAGCCCUUCCUUAGCAUCUGUGGCAAGAUCCACCGGGCCUUGGACAACAAGGACAGGGAGGAUGCCAGGGCUUUGGAGCUGGCGCGGCGCCGAGGGGAACCGCCGGAAGUCAGCGAGGAGCGCCGCUUGGAGUGGCUGCGCCGCGCCAAUCAGUCGCUCGAGUGUUUGGAUCAGAAGUUGGGCCGCGUCCAGAAUUGGACCAAAGAGGGCCAAGCACCACUGUCUAAGGAGUGGAAGGAGAGCAUUGGUCGACAGCUGAGGGAAGCGGAGCGACAGGAGCAGGUGGAGCAGCUGAUCCAGGUUCUGCCGAUCCUCACGAGCGACCUUCGGCAGAUUGAGGACGGCUCGGCACCAGGCUCACAGCUCGCCCCUGGCUCGCCCGUUCCUCGGAAGAGCAGCAGCUGA